UCUCGCGCCAGCCGAGCCACGCGCACUCGCGUUCUGUUUUACGUUCUGGGCUCGGUGAAAGACUCUCUCUCCGCUCCUUCGGACGCGAGUCUGAUACGUUCUCACGCGUUCCGUGAAUCACCAGAGCGCGUAGGCCAGAACCUGCGACGAAACCCAAAGGGGUCGCAAAACCGUAACCGUACAGAAAACAACUCUCGGGUCGUUGCCGAGGUUUGCGACAGUUCCUUCUGUUCUUUUUCCAUCCUCGGACCGAGUCGGAGUCAGGAUCUCCUUUGGCCUAUCAGCCAGCGGUCAGUGGACAGCUAGACACACGGAACCAGACCGCCUCCUCCGGACGGAAGCCACGGAACACCCCCACUUCUUCUUCUGGUCAAGCUAAGAACUCCCCCACCAACGGAGCAGAGUGGUGUAGAGCGGUGUAGAGUGGAAAGGCACACAUCCAGGUACCGAGUUCCACGGGUGGAGAACCCCGCGCGAUACCACGGUGAUCAACCCUCAAGAAGGUCGCUGAGCCGGACAAAUUUUCCCCGGACAAAUUCCAAUUGCAAUUCGAUAGCGAGAGUGUCCGCGUCACUCUCCGCUCAGUUUUCUUUCCGCGUUUCAUUAUCUUGUCGCUCUCCCCUCGGUUUCGCGUGGACGCGCGCACACAUCCCACCCUCUGCGGACCACUCUUGCCACCACCAUCUCGGCGUCAAACAAACCCUCUCCUCACCCCGUGGAACGCGAGUGGAGAGAGAUCCGAGACAGAGCGGCAUCAUCGCGCGCCGCCAAUCCUCCACUUCUCGCGGUGAAUUCGUGCGCUUGGUACCCGGCGCACUUCCGGUUCCACGGCGUCGUCGAUGGGUCGCCACGCAGUCGUUCGCGUUCCGUCGAAUUGAGUGUUUCUCUUUUUCUUCUUCUUCUUCUUCUUCUACUUUUUCUCUCUCAAUUGUCCUGUCGUAUCGGAGGAUGCUCGCUGGAUGACAGUGUGGACGACGUUGGCGGAGGAGACCGGGGCCAGUGAUCUUAUUCUUCGUGUGAUCGAUGGAGUGACAAAGUCUUCGAAGAGUGACCAGUGUGAAACUCGAAACAGAGGGAUUAUUCCGGGACGAGGUAUUUCGCGAUCGGUUGCGGAACAGAUCCAGUGUUAACGCGAUGCCAAUGUGAACGCACGUCUUCGGACGAGACAUCAGACAGAACUCGGCAUUCGUACUCGGCAUCGAGCGAGUGAUGAGACACGCCAGAGACACCGCGGCCGGGUGAAGUUUCCAUUUCAGUGCGGGAUAAUUGAAGUUCGUAGUCUUGUCGAGCGUUUUCGCCGAGUUGCGGCACCUCUUUUCGUCGAGGGAGGACUACUAUGUUCACCGAAGGAGAGACAAGAAGCGGAGGACACGGGGAUACUCGUUGAGAGAGGGAUAGAGAAAGAGAGAAAGAGAGAGAGAGAGAGAGAGACCGAGAAUGCUUUGAAGAGCCGGCCGGUAGAGGAGAUUCGAGAUGUCUGCCGUAACCAGCCCGUACGGCCCCACGGAGAUGCUUUCCGACUCGGUGUACAACUACGCGACAACCCGGCGGGGGACCGCCGACCAGGACAGCGACUCCCAGUACGAGGGCCAGGCCCAGCUGCAAAUCACGAGCAUCCAGAAGCCGCGCAACAAGCGCAAAAACUUCAAGCCGAUAAGCAGCCGGAUGGUCGAGGUGUCGGAUGAGUCCGAGAAAGAUGACGAGGAGCUGGAAGCGUUGGAGGAGAGUUCCAGCGAGAUAUUGGAGUACGAGAGGAAGACGAUGCUGUUGCCAGCGGAGGACAGGUCGAAGCAGAGGUUGAACAACAACGAGGUCAGCCCUAUGGACCUGUCCGUUGCCACUAGGCCACCGUCCUCCGAGGCUGACGACGACAGCGGCGAUUCACUUAGGCAUAAGUUCAUCCUCGAGCAGCUCAGAUCUCAGAAACUUUACUCCCCUGGUACCGAGGCAAGGAGUCCGAAUUCAGAAUCGUCGGAGAAAAGUGGAAGCGGUGUUCUGGAUACCGAAUCGGGGCGAUUAGACGACACUCCGUUCGAGGACGAUCGAGCGCAGGAUGGCGACGGUGAGACGGAGUGCGAGGAGAGGAAACCGUUCGAAGGAAUGAGGGAGUACGCCGAAACGACCAUGCAGGAGUUGUUGGCGAUCUACGGUCUGGCGGGAGGAGAAUUGGCCAAGUCAGUGAGCAGACAGCUACCGCCGACCUUUCUGAACCCACCGACUGGUCAUCAGCCUCACGGGAAAGUGAAAGUGAAAGAAGAGAAGGAUGCAUCGUCAAUGGCGCCGGGAAGUCCACCGACGCCUCCGCACACCCCUCAAAGUCCACCGCGACACAAUCCACCCCCGAGUAACCUGUCACAGUCCUGUCAGACCUCGAACGCCAAUUCUCCGAACCUUCAACAGCAGCAGCAGCAACAGCAUCAGCAGCAGCAUCAUCAUCAGCAUCAGCAUCAGCAUCAGCAACAACAACAACAGCAUCAAGAAUCAAAUCAGCAACAGCAACAGCAGCAACAAUCGCUUCACACGGUGGCAAAUACACCGUUAAGCCAGAUUUUAGUGCAAAAUCCGGCGCUUGCUCAAUUAUUGCAACAGAAUCCAGCGAUUUUGUCGCAGAAUCCACAAUUGGCGCAGUUGUUGCAGCAAAACCUUCAAGUUCAGAUCGGCAGCGUGCUUUUCCAGAACGUGAGGAGGGAGGAACCUGAAGAGUCGAGGGUACCGCCGACAAUAGCGAGCCUGGCGGCGAUGAAGGUGGAGGCAGCUGACCCGAAGGUUUCCGCAUUAUUGAGACAAAGCAUGUCUCCGGUUGCGGAUACGUUGAUCGGUAGCUCGAAAAGCUCGAUGUCGCAGCCGAUAAUCGAUUACUCCCGAUACGUGAGGCGGUACACGUCGGGCCAAGAAUGCGGUAGCUCGUAUUGUAAGGAGCUCGGCUGCCGCGAGCAUUUUCACUGUCUGGACUGCAGUGGUAGGGUGUUUGUGAAAAAGGAGGAAAUGAUCAGGCAUUUCAAGUGGCACAAAAAGAGGGACGAAUCUUUGCAGCACGGGUUCAUGAGGUACUCGCCGACGGACGAUUGCUCGGAGAGGCAUCCGGGCCGUGCCUGCCCCCACAAUCGUAAACAGACUCACUACCACUGUAUCCACGAGAACUGCGAUAAAGUAUACAUAUCGACGUCGGACGUGCAAAUGCACGCCAACUAUCACCGUAAGGACUCGGCUAUCAUACAGGAGGGUUUCCAGAGAUUUCGAGCUACCGAGAGCUGUGCUACUGAUCACUGUCCCUUCGUCGGACAACGGACCACGCACUUCCAUUGUCGCCGAGCUGGUUGCCGGUUCACCUUCAAGAACAAGGCUGAUAUGGACAAGCACAAGUCGUACCAUAUCAAAGACGAGCAGCUAUCCCGCGACGGUUUCAAGAAGUUCAUGAAAUCCGAGGCGUGCCCGUUCGAGCAGUGUCGUUUCUCCCGCGUCUGCAAUCACAUCCAUUGCAUACGGCCGCAUUGCAGCUACGUUCUUCACUCGUCCGGCCAGCUGUUCUCUCACAAACGAAAACACGAGCGUCACGAGACGGAGCUGGCCUACAGAAAGUACAAGCAGAUCAACGCCGUCGGUGGUAUCCGACCGCCAGGCUCCUGGCCGCCGGACGAUCUCAGCACGCAGAGCCUCUCCUUGAGUCUGAACGGCGAGAGCUCGAACGAGGACCGAGGCUCGCCGUCGUACUACUCUUUGGACGAUUCGUUUCAAAGUGGUAGCGACCUAGCGAUGGAUCUCACCGCGCCAACGACCACGGUCACCGCCAGCGGGAGUUGUUCCACGGUGACCAUAGAGCAGCAACACCAGCAGCAGAGUCAACAGAGCCAACAGCUCACUGCCACGGAACUAGCGUAUCUGGUACCUGCGACGGCUGACUGUCCCUGUCACACGGGCAGGGAACACCAUCACUGCGGGUUAGAUCGUUGUGGUGCCGCCCUGAAGGAUCCACGCGAGGUUAGGGAGCAUUUGAGGGAACACGAGACUCAGGAACGGAUCACCGACGCGUUCUUCGAGGAAGGUGGCUGCGACGACGGCUGCCCGUACGCCGACAAAGAGAAACACUAUCACUGUAACUGGGAGAACUGUCGCGAGGUGAUCCUCUCCACCGACAAGCCCUUCCGUCGUCUUCAACAUUACAAGAUCCACGAGUACAGCCGACAGUUGAAUCUCUCUUGCUCCUCUCACGCUCUGUCCUCCGACGUGACGUUAACGCACUUGACGAACAUCGACGCGAUGUUCAGGCGGAAGAGAGGCAGGCCUCCAAAGAACAGAGUGAUCGAGAUCUGGUCGGGUGGCGAUCCAGCUACCCACACUCACGACUCGCCGCAGGCGAUCUUCACUAGUUUCAAGCUACCUAAACCACAGACGCCUAGCCUGACACCUAAUCCUAUGGCCGAAGAGAGGGAGGGCAGUGUCUCGCCUUCGAACAGCCUUGGCGAACCGGAAGGUUUCUCCACGUACAAUCCCGAUGGGUGUCCAGAUCCUGCUUGCGCCCUCAGGUCGACGAGACACCAUCAUUGCUCGCAGCUUAGGUGUCACUUCUCCACCGACAGGCCCGAUCAAUUGCUGAUGCACAGCAAAGACUUUCACGACAACGUCGACAUACCACCUGGUUUUGCAUUCUUCGACAAGAUGGUCGACUGCCGGCUGGUUGGUUGUCACAGUAAUCGCGUUAAUCGGCAUUUUCACUGUACCAGGCCGAACUGUGGCUACUCGUUCGUUAGAUACUCGACCAUGGCGAUGCACGAGAAACAGCACAGCAGCAGCAGUCACGACGAACAGCCUGAAUGUUCGUCGAAUCAGGAGUGUCAGACGCAGAUUCAGCCGAUGAUGCAGGAAACGAAGCCUAGGAUUCAAGUGAAGAAUACGGCUGAGUUGAUCGAGAAGCCCGAGGAGAGUUUGACGAGCGAGAUGGAGAGCAGAUCGAUGAUCGACGAGAAAGAAUCGGAGAUCCACAGCCCGGAUGUUAACAAGACCACCGUGGUGAGGGCGGCAGGCACCUAUUAUCCGGUCAGUGGACCGCCGAGUGAACCCGCACUUCCGGGCGUCGUGCUAUCCAUGCGAACUUCCGUGCACCAAGAGUCACCGGUACUGCCAUCCACGUCUUCAGCCUCGCCGCACAUCCUCUACGGGCCAGAGCAAAGCUGCAGCAGGCCGUUCUGCAAGUUAAAACGUAAGAACCACUACCACUGCAACGCCUGCAAUCAGGCGUUCUCCGAACUGGACCGACUAGUGGCGCACAUAGCGAAACAUUCAACAGGCGCCAUCCUCAGUCAACAGCAACACGAUUUGGCCAGUCAGACACCGAAUCAGCUGCAGCACGACUACCUGGCGCAGCUGUCGCAGAAGCACGACUUCAUGGCGCAGAACGCUCAAAUGGCGCAGAACAUCCAAAACUUUCAGAGUCAGAUGCAACGUCAGAUGCAACAGACUCUCGGCCAGAUGAGCCAACAGACGCAGGUGAAGGAGGUGAAGAUCGAGCCAGCGAGAUGCGGCUCGGAUAUCGGGGUGCAGAGUGUCGGGGUUCCGAAUGUCAAGAGGGAGCCCAGCGAAGUGUCCAGAGACGAUGGGAACAAUUCGGUGAUGGAUAGCAACGAGAAUGGCCAGUUGUCUCAGCCGAGUAUGCCACCCAGUGUUCAACAAUCGCCAGUCCCGACUAGUUUCGAGCUGGACCUUAGCCACAGUUUCCACUUCCCUAGCCCAGCUGUGAUGGCUGCUAUGAACCAGCAGAUCGCCCUGAUGAACCAAGCUCUGCCACCGUUCUUGCAACACGGUGGCAUGUAUACAGGUGGGCCGGGUUUGAUGUUCGCCCCUGGUCUACCACCGACUAAUUUCCUACCUCCGGCCAGAGACGAGAACCCUCUGGCCUCGUUGGCGGCGAAUCUUAACCUGAACAAGAGGUCUUUGUCGCCGCCUGAUAGCAAUUCACCCGAGGCGAAGAAGCAGAGGCUUCAUCAUUCCAUGCGGAUGCUUAAGGACGAACCUGUGCCGGAAGGAUACGUCAGGUUCAGAUUCAACGAAGACUGCAGGUACCCCCAUUGCGGCUACAGAGAGCACCAGACCCACUUCCACUGCAUGCGUCAGGACUGCGGCUACUCGUUCUGCGACAAGACACGUUUCGUCCAGCACACGGCGAGGCACGAGCGUCUCGACACCCUAAUGGGUGGCGAUUUCCAGCAAUACAGAGCCAACGUACCCUGCGGAAGGGCGCAGUGUGCCUACACGUCGUCCUUAGGCUCCAUGCAGAACAAAGCGUCCCACUUCCACUGUCUGAAAUGCGACUUCGUCUGCACGGAUACCAACAAGGUGGUCGCUCAUCGACGACAACACGCGAAAUUGGACAGCAUAGCCGCCGCAGGUUUCCAAAAGUUCACGCCCAGCCAGCCAUGCGGGAGUGUCCAGUGCCAGCAUUCCGGCAAACAGACUCACUACCACUGUCUUCAGUGUCAGUACGCUGUGCUGGGUUUGGCGCAGAUGUCCGCGCACAAGUAUCGACACAUGGACACAUAACGACGUUCGUUUGGAACAUUGGACAUUCGUCGGAGAACGCUCGAGAAAGACAAUUGCCCGGUCUCCGGUAGACAUUCCUUGGGGGAGUCGUGGCCACGGAGGGGCAAGAGUGAAGGAAGCUGAAGUCGGAUGAAAUCUGAUGGAAAGGAGAGGCAGAAGCUAUAAAAAAAAAAAAAAAAGAAAAAGACAAAUUCUCAUGCAUCCCGUAGACAUUCCCUGGAAGGAUUUCGUUCCGCGUUCUCAUCAUCCGUACCUGCGAGUGCGGAUGGCUGGAUGAUUGAGGAGCAGACCCCCGAAUGAGCGGCCUAGUCAUGAAUCUUCAGCCGUUUUCUAUCGAUACAACUCUUGGCAGCGUGUGUGUUUUCUCGUUCGAACGAUACGUACCGGUCGAUGCAUCGAAUUGGAACUGUUCAGUGAAACUCGAUGACUUCGUACUUACGAGAGGAGAUAUUUAUUGUAACGACGAUCUUCUCUUCGCGGUUCUUCUCGAAUUGUUUCCCGAAGGAAUUUUUGUAGCAGAGUUUUGAAGAGCGGAGAGCGACUUUGAUCGAGAGGAGAGAUCCACGUAGACGAAAAACGGCGACGGGAGAGAAAUGGCAUAGAAUCAUAGACAAUAAAUCACGGAUGACGAGCCUAUCAUUAUUAGCUUUAGAUUGCGAGGAUAAAAGACAAACUAUGAUAUUUAAAAUAGAAAAAGACCUUGUACAUUUCGUUUUCCUCCUUUUUUUUUUCUUUUUUCUUUUCUUUUAGUAUCGUGUACCCUCCGUGAAUCAGUCGUCGCGAAUUUAGCUCCUAGAAUAUAUAGAUAGUUAAUAAUAUAUGUAAAGAACUGACAUAAGAGAGAGACAGAGAGAAGGAGAGAGAAAAUGGGAUCUUCCCUCGCUGAGAAUUUAACUGAAACUUGCAGCCGACGAUCACAGAGUUUAGACUACUACUUUUCUUUUUUCUACGUGAAUGAUUACAAACAAAAAGUGAGUCAAAAAAAAAAAAAAACUGUGUCUAGUCCAUCGUAUCAUUGACGAUUACUACUGACUAGCUGAAAGAAUGUUCAAAAGUGCUUUACUCAAAGCAGUUACUCAAUUAAAGAUACGAGAAAUUAAUUGUCAAUGGCGCGAUGAUUUUUCUACUUUUUUUUUCCUCAAGAAGAACACACAGCUGUUGUUUCCUUAGUUCCUCUUUUGUAUUCGACAAGGAACUCACAGACGAGAUUUGUAAUGAAUCGUACUAAAGAUUAUACGCUUUCUCGGGACACGUGCCGCGGCCAGGAGGGUACACGUUUCUCAUUAAUCGUAUUACAAACAGUAUUGAUUAAAAGAAUAUAAAGUAAUGCAACAAAAAAAAAAAAAAAAAAGAGAGAGAAAAAUCUGCAAGAAAACUGAGAGUUAACAAAAAGACUGCCAGCCAAGACGAAACAGAGCGUUACAGUGAUCAUGGAUGAUGAUUGAUUCGGUGACUCUUCGUUCGCUUUCGAAGGCAACCGUUGCUUCGCUGGAAUGAAACCGGCGGAUAUUUUGUCAA